AUGGCAACUUCAUCAGAAGAAGUUUUACUGAUGGUCAAGAAGGUGCGGCAGAAGAAGCAGGAUGGAGCUCUGUACCUCCUGGCACAAAGGAUAGCUUGGGCACCUGAAGGCAAAGACAGCUUUACAAUCAGCCAUAUGUACUCAGACAUUCGAUGCCAGAAAAUCAGUCCCGUUGGAAAAGCUAAAAUCCAACUUCAGCUGGUCCUACAUGCAGGAGACAAAAUCAACUUCCAUUUUACCAAUGGAAGCACAGCUCUAAAGGACCAAAAUGCUGUGAAAGACCUUUUCCAGCAGCUGCUGCCCAAAUUCAAGAAGAAAGCUUAUAAAGAACUGGACGAGAAAAACAGAAUGCUGCAAGAAGAUCCUUGUUUGUUUCAGCUUUAUAAAGACCUGGUUGUGAGUCAAGUGAUUGGCGCUGAGGACUUCUGGGUCAACUGUCAGAGCAGGAAUAAUGUGGAGAGCCCUGCAAUAUCCAAUCACAAGCAAAAUGUGGGCAUUUCUGCAGCAUUUCUGGCUGAUGUCUGCCCCCAGACAGAUGGCUGUAAUGGCAUAAGAUAUAACUUAACUUCUGAUAUCAUGGAAUCCAUAUUUAGGACCUACCCAGCAGUAAAAAUGAAAUAUGAAGAAAACGUUCCACACAACAUGGCAGAAAAAGAGUUCUGGGCUCGAUUUUUUCAAUCACAUUAUUUUCAUAGAGAUCAGCUUCAUAUAGGGUCAAAAGAUCUCUUUGCAGAAUGUGCCAAAAUGGAUGAAAAGAGUUUCAAAACAAUGGUAUCCCUGGGAGUGAAAAAUCCCCUACUAGAUUUGACGGCACUGGAGGAUAAAUCAUUUGAUGAGGGCUACGGGGUUUCCCCUGGGCCAUCUACUUCCAACUUUUCCAGAUCCAUAAAGGAGACCAGCAAUGCCGCGAUCAUCAAGAGAUUUAACUAUCAUAGUGCUAUGGUCCUGGCAGCAGGUAUCAGAAAACAUGAAGGACAAAACGAUCACAACAGUGAAAACAGGAGCACAGAUGGGAACUCUCUGGAUUCAGACUUCUUUCAGCCCCCAGUCAAGAGGAUGAAGUUACAGGAAUCCAUUGAAUAUGAAGACUUGGGGGGAAAUAAUAACAUUAAAACCACUGCACUAAGCCUGAAGAAGUCAGAUAGGUAUUAUCAUGGCCCAACUCCAAUUCAGUCCAUCCAGUAUGCAACAAGUCAGGAUCUUAUCAAUUGCUUUCAGAGUAUUAAGCAAGAGAUGGAAAUUUACACACCCAAACUAACCCAGGUUCUUUCAAGUGGUGCUGCAAGUAGAACCCUCACAGCUUUAUGCCCUGGAGGAGCACUUAUGCAGGGAGGACCACUGCAAGCCAUAAACCACAUGGUGCCAAAUGACAUUCAGUUAGAACUCAAACACUUGAAUGUGGCAGUAGGGGAGUUGCUGAGGCAGUUCUGGUCUUGUUUUCCAGUUCACACGCCAUCCCAAGAAGAAAAGGUAGUGAGGAUGAAGAGUAACUUGGAACGAUUCCAAGCUACAAAGCUCUCCCCAUUCCAAGAAAAAAUUCAGAGACGGUAUUUAAAUACAAAUUUGGUAAGUUACAUAGAAGAGAUGCUGCAGACAGCCUUUGAUAAAUUUCACACAUGGCAGUCUCGGCAAUUGCUGAAGAAGAUGUGA